UCUGAGAGAGUUGCUGUGUUUGUCUCUGCACAUGUAGUGUGUUUUGGUUUGUGUAUGUUUAAUCCUGCAUAUGACGCACAUUCAUUAAUAAUCAUUUGUUUCAUCUAUUUUUCCUGGAGAGAUACAUUCACAAGGCCCGCUCUUGCCUUAACUAGAGUCUGCAAGCCCUUUGACAUUUUCAUUCUUCUUGCCAUUUUUGCCAACUGUGUGGCCAUGGGUGUCACCAAGCCGUUUCCAGAUGAUGAUUCCAACCCUACCAACCACAAACUAGAACAAGUUGAGUACGUCUUUCUCGUCAUCUUCACCAUUGAGACCUUCACUAAAAUUCUUGCCUACGGCUUAGUCAUGCACCCGAGCGCCUACAUACGCAGCGGAUGGAACUUGCUUGAUUUCAUUAUCGUCAUUGUUGGGUUGUUCAGUGUGAUGGCAGAAGCAAUGACAGAUCACAAGCCCGGUGAGGCCCAUCAUGCUGCAGGAAAACCUGGAGGCCUGGAUGUCAAAGCUCUCCGAGCGUUCAGAGUGUUACGACCACUUCGACUUGUGUCUGGAGUGCCAAGUUUACAAAUUGUGUUGAACUCCAUCAUGAAAGCCAUGGUGCCCCUGCUCCACAUUGGUAUGCUGGUCAUGUUUGUCAUCAUAAUCUACGCCAUCAUCGGCUUGGAGCUUUUCAUCGGGAGGAUGCACAAGACGUGCUACCUCAUGAGCACAGGUCUCAUGGUGGAGGAUGACCCAACACCUUGUGCGUUUGCUGGGAACGGCCGCUUCUGUGUCACUAAUGGGACUGAGUGCAGGGGCAAGUGGGAGGGCCCCAACGGAGGGAUCACAAACUUUGACAAUAUCUUCUUUGCCAUGCUGACAGUUUUCCAGUGCAUCACUAUGGAGGGUUGGACAGAUGUACUCUACUGGAUGAAUGAUGCUAUUGGCUAUGAGAUCCCAUGGAUUUACUUUGUUUCUCUGGUCAUCUUUGGAUCAUUUUUCAUUAUCAACCUUGUAUUGGGUGUGUUGAGCGGAGAGUUCUCUAAAGAAAGAGAGAAGGCCGUCGCUCGUGGUGAGCUGCAGAAGGCGCAGGAGAGCAAGCAGAUGGAGGAGGACAUGAUAGGAUACAUGGAUUGGCUCAUAGAGGCCGAGGAUGUGGACGAAGAAGGAAACAAACGUGCUGCAAUUGCAAAGAAAAAGAUGAUGAAGAAGUUUGGCUGGUAUAAGCACAGUGAGGAUGGAGGAGCAGAGUCAGACUCUGAUGAUGAUAUAGCAUACCUGGAUGAUGAUAGUGGCUUCUGUGCGUCUCUCAUGGCAAAGAUGAUGGCCAAUAGUUUCUGUGACCAGCUGUGCCAGCUGAAUCACACUCUCAGGAAGAACUGCCGCGUUGCAGUAAAGACCACUAACUUCUACUGGUUGGUGCUUCUGUUGGUGUUUCUCAACACUGUGGCCAGCGCUUCAGAGCAUUACGGGCAGCCGAAAUGGCUCACCGAAAUGCAAGAGCGAGCCAAUAAGAUCCUGCUGCUUCUCUUCACUCUGGAGAUGUUGAUGAAGAUGUACGCCUUUGGUCUGCAGAUCUACUUUAUGGCGCUGUUCAAUCGCUUUGAUUGCUUUGUUGUGUGUGGCGGUAUUCUCGAGACACUCCUCGUAGAAUUCGAAGUCAUCCCGCCCAUUGGCAUAUCGGUGCUACGCUGCAUCCGACUGCUCCGGAUAUUUAAGAUGACUCGGCACUGGGCUGCCUUGUCUGAUCUGGUCACUUCACUGCUCAACUCUAUGAAAGCUAUCUGCUCCCUUCUGCUUCUGCUCUUCCUCUUCCUCAUCAUCUUCGCCCUGCUGGGUAUGCAGUUGUUUGGAGGCAAAUUCAACUUUGAUGAGACUCAGAUGAAAAGAAGCACCUUUGACUCAUUCCCUCAGGCGCUGCUCACAUGUUUCCAGAUCCUCACUGGAGAGGACUGGAACGCUGUGAUGUACGAUGGCAUUAUGGCAUACGGAGGGCCAAUAUUCCCUAACAUGGUGGUGUGCAUUUACUUUGUCAUCCUCUUUGUCUGUGGUAACUACAUCCUGCUUAAUGUCUUCUUGGCUAUCGCUGUGGACAACUUGGCAGGAGGUGGUGGGAAGAAAAAAGUCGAAGAGAAAAAGGAAGAUGAAGAAGAGUGGGAUGAAGAUGAAGAGAAAGAGGAUGAAGAUGCAGGGGCAAGGAACUUUGAAAUC